AAAACGCGGCUUGAAGUGGCCCACACCUCGGAUGCGAAAUGCCUGUUGCACCUCCACUUCCAUAUGCUUAAAACAGCCAACAGCAUCACGCCACGUGGACGCCAGCCCCAUCCUAGCUGUCGCCGGGCCCACAACCCAAUAUAUACAAAAUUUCUGCACUAAAAAACCUAUUCGCGUAAGGAGAGUAGAGAAGAUGGAGAGAGAAGAAGAAUCGACGGGAGAAGGGUGCGUUACACCAAAGCACGGUGUAUAUCGCAUCCCAAAAGAGCUCAUCUGCCCACCGCCUCCAAAGAAGAAGACAGCCGUUGGGAAGAGGAUGGACCCGCCUAAGAAUGGGUAUUUUCAGCCGCCCGAUUUGGAGGUUCUCUUCUCGUUGGUGCCAAGGCAAAGGGAGGCAUGUGCGUAGUGCGCACCCUAGUCGAUAUGCGCAUUGUAGAUGUGUACUGUAGUUAGUUAGUUAGUUUUCUUUUUUCUAAUCUUUUUGUUGUAUUUGUAACGAAAAACAUUUGAAAUGUUAGUUUUUUUUUUUUUCUCUUUUCUUGAGGGUUUCUUUGAA